AUGGAGGAAUCUGCGCCGAAAAGACAGCGCACAGAGGGCAGCGCGUCACCUCGAAAAAGACGCCCAUCUUAUGCAUCACCAACUAAAGCCAGCAUGUCAAGACACCACCCAGAAGCAUUUGAGAGAAGAAUGUCCAGGUCACCUCAGAAAUUACCGAGCGCUCGACAAUCAGCGCAAUUCACUUUUGAUAGCCCUUCGGAAGCUCUCGCUGCGCGCUUGGCUACAAGUCGGAUCGUUAGUGAUGCUCCUACGCCAACGCGCCCGGGUGAGGCGACGCCAGUGCAAGAAGACUUUAAUCCAUUUCGUGGUGGGGGGUUGAGACGGUCGCCGCCAGCUGGCGUACGGAUGGAUAUUGAUACGCCACCUGUUGACCCUUUCCGACGUGGAGGAUUGAGAAGAUCGCCGCCGGUUGGGGCGCAGGGAAAUGAUGCGCCGCCAGCUUCGAUGCCUGAGCCAGAGUUACCGCCAGCAGUACAGGCUUCCUCACCUCCUGCGCUGCCAGCUUCUAUGCCAGAACCCCGGGUCGAACGACCUGCAGACGAAUCUGUGCUGGAAUCGGAAAGCGACGCAUCUCCUCCAUUGGAAGAAUCCCCUCCAGAGGAAGUAUCCAUGGCCAGGUCUAUCUCACCUGUCGCAAGUCCAUCGCCAGCCCGAUCAUUCUCAUCGCUUAACAUUCAGCUUCCACCUCGGUCGUCCUCUGAGGUCAGGUCGCCUUCACCUGCUUUAUCUUCACCCGCUCAGGCCCCAGAACAGCAAACCAUGCCAGAACCAGAAGCCCAACAGGAGCCCCAAUCAGAUCCGGCGUCCGAAUCAGAUGUCGCGGUGGAAGAAGCUCCAGAAUCAGGCCGAGGGUCUCCAAGCCCACCGCCGCCUUUGCCAGAGUUCUCUCCUUCACCUCCUCCAGCUUCCAUGCCACCAUCUAGAAUCCCCCGCCUAGCCCAGGAAAGUUCUCGAAAUAAAGCACCCGCAGCAUCACAGCCUAUUCCCCAGUUACCGCCUCUGGAUAAUGGACCACGCAAGAGUUUCCAGAAUAGCCCGGUCAGGUUCCGCGACCCAUCGCAACAAGAUGUCUCACCUCUUACCCAACCACCAUCGCGACAUUUUGAGAAGCCAAGAAAGGGCCAGGUCAUUACAGCUUCUCAAGAGAGGAAGCCAGCAGCGACGACCGUAUGUGGCUCAAGACAGACACGCCCAUUCGACCCAGACACAGAAAAGAAGAAGGAACGAGAGAGGAUCCGGAAAGAAAUCGAGUCAUUGCAGAAGGAUCUUGGAGUUGCGCGAAGAGAGAAUGAGCGGAUACGCGCGAUGCAAGAGUUCGGUCGUGUUCUUGCACCUGUGGACCAAGAUGAGAUAGUUGACCUCAUCCAACGUCACCUCAUGGAUGCAGAUACAGAGCCAAGUCAAACAUCGACACAACAAUUGUUACAAGCGGCAUUGAAGCCUACAGCUCUCCUCCCAUUUGGAAAGGCCAUCGCCUCAGCACCUGUGGAGGACAAGCUGGCCUAUGUCAAGUCGCAUUACCCUGUUCCAAUGACAGCAGACGAGGAACUGCCUUAUCUUCAACUAUUCACACCAUUCACAGCAUCAUCUACGAUCUCAAUUUUGCCAGAAACCAACAGCCAGCCCCUCAGACAGCUUCACUCCGUUCUUCUUCGAUCACGCGAAAUCCCCGGACUCUUCACAGCAAAGGUGGAAAUGACUGUCAAUCCCCUUGAACUAUCGGUCCUUCAUCUGAACGUCACAGACCUAGAGCCUGCUGCGAAGCCUGAGCUCGGUCCAUUUAUCCAGAAGAUCUGCACAGGCGACUGCAAUCGUUCUAUGCAGCGCAAUGUGGGAAUUGUGACAUGGGCGAUGGGCGAAUGGCUCCGCGUCGCUGUUGAGAGAGCAGGCUUUUGGUGUCAAUUGGAGCAAACAUUGGGCACCAAGAAUGGUAUAUCGGAGAUGACUACACAAAUGCGAACAAGAAAGAGACGGAGAAAAGAUGAUGAUGGGGACGAGGAUAUGGACGAGUCAACGCAGGUAGACUCUGUUAAGAAGGUAGACCUCAUUCGCUACAUGGGUCAGCAACACUACGACAUUUCAAUACCGUACAACGAUGCAGAGGAAUCGGGCGCCAAUGUACGAUUCAAUUGGAAGGUGGAAUUUGACUGGACGGGAGAAGCGCAAACGAAACUCUCCGUCCUGGUCGGCGCCCCAGGCAAAUGGCACCAAACAGACGAACGAGGAGUGCUUGGCAAGAUCCCCAAGCUGUUUGAAGAACUUGUACAUGGUCACCAAAACACAGAAACAGCUGUAAAAACAAUUGUAGCGCUCAUCGCGGGAGAGCAAUCAUGA